AAAUAUGGCGUAAGGUCUCGCGAUAGAUAGCAGCUGUACCCCAUUUUCCAACUGUCCCUCUGUCGGUGAGAGUUUUGAUAUUCAAGGAAAACCUCAACAGGGGUUUAAAAUACAGUGUGAACAUCUGGAAGAAUAUACUGAAUUAUAUAAUUCACUAGAUAAGCUCUUCGGCUCAGUGUUUGUAAAUGAAAACUAAAAUAUGAGGUGUUCUCUCACAGCCCAGGACUGAGUGAAACAUGGCACAGUUCCCCACUACAUUCACAGGUCCAGAUGUGUAUCUGAUCUCAGUGGAUGAGAGAGCCAAACAUGAUCAGCAGUUUCACAGCCUCUCUCCCAACGCUGGAGGUUACAUUACAGGAGAUCAGGCCAGGAACUUUUUUCUCCAGUCAGGACUCCCUCCUCCUGUCCUGGCCCAAAUCUGGGCUUUAGCCGACAUGAACAGUGAUGGCCGCAUGGAUAUUCAUGAGUUUUCCAUUGCUAUGAAACUCAUCAAGCUAAAACUUCAAGGUCAUCCCCUACCCCCCGCACUGCCUCCAAGUAUGAAACAGCCCCCUCUGCCCUUACCUCCACCACCUGCCUUUGGUUUGCCUCCCAUAGCUCCAAUCCCUGCUCCCAUACCUGUUGUCCCUCCCCUCCCACUGCCCCCUCUACCUGUUGGCGUAUCACCCCCACUUGUCUCAACCGCUCAACCUCCGUUAACCCAGCCUAUCGCCAAUGGUGCCCCUCCUACAGCAAUCAUGCAGCCCAUCACUGGCUUCUCCCACACAGCUCCCGCUGUCAACAAAUCUUCUUCCUUCAAUCGAUCCAGUACCAAAUUACAGAAAGGGCCAUCUUUUGACACUACCAGUAGUCAGGUCCACUCUGUUCCAUCAGACUGGGCUGUCCCUCAGUCGUCGAGGCUCAAGUAUCGGCAACUCUUUAAUUCACAUGACAAGAUGAUGAGUGGACAUCUCACAGGACCUCAGGCACGCACAAUUCUCAUGCAGUCCAGUCUUCCUCAAAGCCAGCUUGCUACAAUAUGGAGUUUGUCAGAUAUUGAUCAGGAUGGGAAACUAACUGCUGAGGAGUUCAUUUUGGCUAUGCACCUCAUUGAUAUGGCCAUGUCUGGUGUCCCGCUGCCUCCAGUGUUACCUCCAGAAUACCUCCCCCCUACUUUUCGGCGUGUUCGCAGUGACAGUGUGCAGUCUGACCAGAAGGCUGUCCCAGAAGAAGCUGAAGAGGAAGCAGACAGCAACCAGGACAAGAAACUGCCUGUGACAUUUGAAGACAAGAAAAGAGAGAAUUUUGAGCGAGGGAAUCUGGAACUGGAGAAGCGGCGGCAGGCUCUCCAGGAACAGCAGAGGAAAGAGCAGGAGCGACUGGCUGCUCUGGAACGGGAGGAGCAGGAGCGAAAGGAACGCGAGCGCCUGGAGCAGGAGCGGCGAAGGCAGCAGGAGCUGGAGAAGCAGCUAGAAAAACAGAGGGAGCUGGAGAGGCAGAGAGAAGAGGAGCGGCGCAAAGAAAUUGAAAGAAGAGAGGCUGCUAAAAGGGAGUUGGAGCGUCAGCGUCAGUUGGAAUGGGAGCGGCAGCGACGCCAGGAGCUUUUAACUCAAAGAAAUCGAGAGCAAGAGAGUAUAGUUCUGCUCAAAGCCAGGAAGAAGACUUUGGAGUUUGAACUUGAAGCACUGAAUGACAAAAAAACACAGCUUGAAGGAAAACUGAAGGAUGUCCGUUUUCGACUGUCAACUCAGCGGAGAGAGGUGGAGCAGACCAAUCAGUCAAGAGAGACACGUAUUGCAGAGAUCACCUCACUGCAACAACAGCUUCAGGACUCACAGCAGUGGCUGGGGAGGCUUAUACCUGACAAACAGACUCUGAAUGAGCAGCUGAAGCAAGUCCAGCAGAACAGCCUGCAGCGGGACAGUCUUUCAUCACUGCAGAAAGCCUUGGAACAGAAGGAAAUCAGUCGGCAGCAGCUCAGAGAGCAGCUGGACUCUGUGGAAAGAGAAACCAGGGCCAAACUUCUGGAGAUAGAUGCAUUUAACACUCAGCUCAAGUCUCUCUGUGAGUUCUAUGCCAACCACUGUGCCAGGAUAGAAGCCCUGCGUCGCCAGCUUGGGGACGAUCAGAGAGGCAGACAGGAGCUGAGGGAAAUCCACAGCCGUCAACAAAAGUUGAAGCAGAAGGAAGCGGAGGGAGAUCCCCAGCUUCUUACACACAACUUCUCACAUAUUCCAACAGAGAGAAGUUCUUCAGAGGUGCAGGAUGCCAGGCUGUCGUCAGAUGAAAGCUCAUCUUGGAGAGAUGACAUGGCAGCAAAGGCUCCCAGCCCCGUUUCAAGCUCUGGACCACACGGUUGGCUAAACAGAAUUACUCAGGAAGAUGAAGAGCGUAAAAGAAGAGUCAUGGAGGAGGAAGAGGAGGGAAGAAAAGGGACCAAGGAAGAAAAAGAGGAGGAGGCUCGAGGAAAUAACAUGCAGGACAAACUCAACAAGCUGUUUAGUCAACCUGCUGACCCCUGGGCUUCAGCAGUGGAUAAGACCUCUGCACCCAGCCUCUUUGACCAGAAGCCUUCAGUGAGUGGAUUUGAGCAGCAAACAGUGAAGGUGGUCUACUACAGAGCGCUGUAUCCCUUUGAAGCUCGCAGUCAUGAUGAAAUCAGUAUCACACCAGGAGAUGUCAUUAUGGUGGACGAGUCUCAGACUGGUGAGCCUGGUUGGCUGGGAGGGGAACUUCGGGGCCGCACUGGCUGGUUUCCAGCCAAUUAUGCUGAGCGAAUACCUGACAAUGAAGCACCUGUAAGUUUGCGCAGCGUUACGUCCUCCACACCUACUUCUGCUCAGCAGCCUGAUACCACUCCUCCCCCGGCUCCUGGACAGUCCUCUUCUGCCUCCUCUUCAAACAGCAAUUGGGCUGAUUUUAGUACAACAUGGCCCUCAAAUGCAGGUAGUCAACCCGACAAUGAGGGAUGGGAUGCUUGGCCCUCCUCCUCAACGCCACAAAAUCCUUCACUUAGUGUGCCCUCAGCUCAGCUACGCCAACGCUCUGCCUUCACACCAGCCACCAUGACAACAGGCUCUUCCCCUUCUCCUGUACUUGGACAGGGAGAGAAAGUAGAAGGUCUUCAAGCUCAAGCCUUGUAUCCAUGGAGAGCCAAGAAAGACAACCAUCUGAACUUCAAUAAAAAUGAGAUAAUUACAGUGUUGGAGCAACAAGAUAUGUGGUGGUUAGGCGAGUUACAGUCUGGUCAAAGAGGGUGGUUUCCCAAAAGUUAUGUCAAACUCAUCUCCGCCAAUAUGCCAACUUCAGCUGUGGUUGCAUCGCGCAACAAAAACUCAAGUGAUGCUGGACCAACAGAUAGUCCCCCUAAUGGAAAAAGGCCCUCCCCCUCCCCAACCAAAGCAGAAUCAGGAGAAGAGUACAUUGCCAUGUACACAUAUGAAAGCAGUGAACAGGGGGAUCUGAGCUUCCAGCAAGGAGAUAUUGUCACAGUGACCCGUAAGGAAGGAGACUGGUGGACAGGUGUCGUUGGUGGCAAGACUGGAGUUUUUCCAUCCAAUUACGUCAAACCACGAGACUCUUCAUCUGAGUCUUUGUCACUAUCUGGGAAGACUGGCAGCCUUGGAAAGAAACCAGAGAUUGCUCAGGUCAUUGCUCCAUAUACUGCUACUGGAGCAGAACAGUUGACGUUGGCUCCUGGACAGCUCAUCCUAAUCAGGAAGAAGAAUCCAGGAGGCUGGUGGGAGGGCGAGUUACAGGCUAGGGGUAAAAAGCGCCAGAUAGGUUGGUUUCCAGCCAACUAUGUAAAGCUGCUUAGUCCCAGCACCAGCAAGACCACACCAACAGAGCCGACCCCGCCCAAAGUGAUGGCAUCCAGCACAGCUUUGUGUCAGGUGAUUGGCAUGUACGACUACGUGGCUCAGAAUGAUGAUGAACUGGCCUUUCAAAAGGGUCAGGUGAUCACAGUGAUUAAUAAGGAUGACUGUGAUUGGUGGAAAGGAGAGCUCAAUGGCAGAGAGGGCCUGUUUCCCAGCAACUAUGUAAAGCUCACCACUGACACGGACCCCAGCACCCAGUGGUGUGCCGACCUCCACCUUCUGGACAUGCUCAGUCCAAUGGAGAGGAAGCGUCAGGGCUAUAUCCAUGAGCUCAUUGUAACUGAGGAGAAUUAUGUCAAUGAUCUUCAGCUUGUCACUGAGAUAUUUCAUAAGCCCCUGCUGGAAUGUGAGCUGCUCACUGAGAAAGAAGUGGCCAUGAUCUUUGUCAACUGGAAGGAGCUGAUCAUGUGCAAUAUUAAACUGCUCAAGGCUUUGAGGGUGAGAAAGAAAAUGUCAGGUGAUCGGAUGCCAGUGAAAAUGAUUGGUGAUAUCUUGACAAAUCAGCUGCCUCACAUGCAGCCGUAUAUCAGAUUUUGUUCAUGUCAGCUGAACGGAGCCACGCUUAUUCAACAAAAAACAGAUGACAAUCCAGAGAUUAAGGACUUCCUCAAGAGGUUAGCCAUGGAUCCCAGGUGUAAAGGAAUGCCACUGUCCAGCUUCCUGCUCAAACCUAUGCAGAGGGUCACGAGAUACCCUUUGAUAAUUAAAAACAUUUUAGAAAACACUCCUGAGUCACAUCCUGACCACAGCCAUUUGAAAGCUGCAUUGGAGAAAGCAGAGGAGCUGUGCUCACAGGUGAAUGAAGGGGUGAGGGAAAAGGAGAACUCUGAUCGUCUUGAAUGGAUUCAGGCUCACGUUCAAUGUGAAGGACUCUCAGAGCAACUAGUGUUUAACUCAGUCACCAACUGUCUGGGACCCAGGAAGUUUCUGCACAGUGGAAAACUCUUCAAAGCUAAAAGCAGCAAAGAGCUCUACGGCUUCCUGUUCAAUGACUUUUUGCUGCUCACCCAGGUGACUAAACCCCUGGGCUCCUCUGGUUCAGACAAAGUCUUUUCAUCCAAGACCCACCUGCAGUAUCGCAUGUAUAAGACGCCCAUCUUCCUCAAUGAAGUGUUAGUGAAGCUGCCCACAGACCCUUCAGGAGAUGAACCCCUCUUUCACAUCUCUCACAUCGACCGAGUCUAUACCCUCCGAGCAGAAAGCAUCAAUGAAAGGACUGCCUGGGUUCAGAAAAUUAAGGCAGCUUCAGAACUUUUUAUUGAAACCGAGAAGAAGAAGCGAGAGAAAGCAUAUUUAGUGCGGUCUCAGAGAGCCACAGGGAUCGGCAGACUCAUGGUCAACAUUGUCGAAGGAAUUGAGCUGAAACCUUGUCGUUCUCAUGGGAAAAGCAACCCCUACUGUGAGGUGACCAUGGGUUCCCAGUGCCAUAUCACAAAAACUCUACAGGACACAUUAAAUCCCAAAUGGAACUCAAAUUGCCAGUUUUUUAUCAAAGACCUGGAACAAGACGUCCUCUGUAUCACUGUGUUUGAACGAGACCAGUUCUCCCCUGAUGAUUUUCUGGGCAGAACGGAAAUCCGAUUGGCUGAAAUCAAAAAGGACCAGGGCUCUAAAGGACCAAUCACAAAGCGUCUGCUGCUCCAUGAGGUCCCCACUGGAGAGAUAGUGGUCAGACUGGACCUGCAGCUCUUUGAGGAUCCAUAAGAGAAGAGUGGCAGGACUCUAGUUCUUUCUGUUCCUGGUGUGAUACCUGUUCACCCUCCAAGAGCCUCCACCUUGACCCACACACUUCAUUUACAGUCUAUCGUACAUGGCUCCAGUCAAUGCAAAGAGUACAGGCCAAGAGUCACCAGAAGGUACUAUGGUCACAUGAGACUGCAGAUCAUUUGGGAUGUGCCUGAACUUUAAAGACACUCUUUUGUGGCUCACACAUAUAUAAUUAUAAUAAUAAUAACGAUGUUGGAAAGUCUAAUUCUUGUUUUAUUUAAUACAUAGCAGUUAAAAUUGCUAUUAAGCAUUGGUAGUGUGCAAAGGAGUCUUUUUCUUUGUUUGUUUUUUAGUUUCAGAAGGAUUAUUUUAAUUUCAAAAGGAUUAUUUUAGGUCUUUCUUUCUUCCUUUUUUUUUUUUUUUUUUUUUUUUUUUUUUUUACAAUUUCUGUGGCUUGUGUAUCUUUAUGAGUGGAUUAGUGCAAUCCCCUGUUGCUGGUUGGAAGUUGGGUAAAUGAUGGAAUAUACUGUAAACAGAGACUGUCUUCAAAUGUAAUUUACGUUUUGUCUUAACAUACUGUAACAUACGGUACCUUACUUUGAGUUGAUAACACGGGUCAGUUUUGAAUGUUACCAUUUAAUGUUUUAGUUUUCUCUAUUGUUAAAACAUCCUAUCUACCUUUGUCCAUUGAGACUCCAGUGACAAUCCCAACAAAGCCCCCAAACUGUGGAAGAGUGUGGCUCUUACUAUUGCCUUUAUUCUUGGAAAUUCUAUAGAUGUACAGCAAAUGACUUCUGUUUUAAAGGUGAUGGCUUUUUAAGCAUAUACUUUGUGUCUGAGUUUUAAAGGAAACUUGUCAGGGUUCUUUCUCUGUGAAUCAUGCGUUGCUUCCCGUUCACACUCCAGUCAUUCCCUGCAUUUAUGUCUCAGGCCCAAGCAGAGCUGUGGGGGUGUAUUCUGAUAAUGGUGGCCAUGCACUUGUGUUUAAAGGUCUUAUAUUAUGCAAAAGUACUUUUCUUUUCUUUCCUCUUAUUGUAAUGUUUCCUCACCAAAACAUUCUGGGGAGAUUUGUUUCAUCUACUUGUUUGUGUAAUCUCGCAGUUUUCAGCUGUCUCUCUCUAGAGCAAAAAAACAUGGCAAGAGUUUUGUAUGUGACUGCCUUCACUAAAAAUCAUCUUUUAAUCAUCUCUAGUGGAGAUAUUAUUUUUAUCCUAGUUUGUACUGUUUCACUCCUCAUUUUUUCACAAUGUAUUCCAUUAUAUAUUGUGUACUUCUGUUUCUUAUCAUACCAAUGGUGAAGUGUCAAAAUGAAUGAUGUUUAAAAAUCCUGGAUAAUGCAUAACAUUGGACCUUUAAACUAUCAGUGUCUUAAAAAAGGAAUAAGAAGACUUCUCUAUAUUCUGCAUACUGAUCUGUUUGUUCAUCUCCCCUCCCGUAAGAUGACAAAACUCUUCAAAAUAACCUGCGCAUUAAAGAACAACACAUUUUGGGGCAAAAAAGAAAAGAACACUUUGACCACUGUCUAGAACAGAACUGAACCAUUUCAGGAGGGAACCAAACCCACCAUAAACCACUCCAUUGUGAGGACUGUACUGUUCUUGUCCUCUUCAGCGUGUCUGAAACUACUGCUUUUGGAGAGUUCAUAUCUGAGUGCAAUGGGGCCAGGGCAACAGGCUGUUAUUCAUUCACACUGUAGAAUAUGUAUGUUGUUGUGUUUCAAUGUUGAGAAUAAACUUGAGCUGGACCAAGA